UUGUAAAUGUUGUAGAAUUUCUGUCGAUCUGCUGUGUAUGACAUUGUAUGCGAUCACAUUGCGUACAUGUUCAGUUCGUGUUUGUAUAUACCAGUCUAAACGCUUAUAAUUCAAGAAUAGGGCCUAUACUAAUUCAGCGAAAGCAUUGGUCUUUACAUGGAUUUGUUCCUUCCUGUCCUGACGGUGGAUAGGCCUAUGCUGGCCAACUACUGCAAUAUAGGCUUCCUCACAUGCUUGGACGUUCUUCGUCACACUGACCUCAGAAGGCUGUACCAUUCCGAGUUACCAUCAAUUUUGCUGGAGUCCGUUUGACUUCUCGUAGAGAUUUCCAGAGAGACUUUCUUUGGUCGGACACUCUUUGCUGAUCCUUGAGAACACGCGAAAGAGAAAGGGCCAAGCUACCAUCAAUUUUUCUGGAGACCUAUAUGCUACUGAAAGAUUGACAGGGGCAGCUCUUUUUGGCCGGACACUUGUAGCCGGUCCUGAGACGACAGAGGAGUCCGUGGCGCGGCAGUGGUCAUGUUUGCUGACGGUGGGGCGGAGGAUCCCUGGGGAAGGAGCGGAGACCCCUGGGCGAAGCGAGAGGCAUCGCGGCGAAGAACUCUCAAACGAUACUAUGACAAACGAAACAGAGAUGAAGAUGAUGAUGGUCCAACAGAAUCAGAAAUCCGCAAACCCGUACCGAGGCCGGAACGCGUGUACGACGACGCUAAGAAGGCCGAGGCAAUGAAGGAAGCCUUCUAUCAACUUGCUGGCGAAGACAAAGUGAUUGACGCUUAUGAGCUCAAGGCCAUUCUCAAUGCAGCAUUUAAAAAAGACUUUCCGUUCGACGGCUUCAGUAAUGAGCACUGUCGGAGUUUGGUCGCCUUGAUGGACGUGGACGAAUCUGGUGCUUUGGAUGUGGACGAGUUUAUAGCGCUCUGGGACCAUCUCAAGAAGUGGAAGGGGUAUUUCGAGGUCUAUGAUAUCGACAGCAGUGGCAAUAUGAGUGCGUAUGAAUUGAAGAAUGCUUUACGUGACCUUGGUUUUUAUCUCAGUGGUCAUAUAUUAAAGUUGAUAAUCAUGAGAUAUCGGCGACGGAACAGCAACGUCGAGUUUGAUGACUUUAUUCUCCUCUGCUGCAGAUUGCAAUCAACAUUUGACACAAUAGAAGCCAUGAAAAAUGCAGAGGGGAAAGUUGAAAUGGACUACGAUCUGUUUAUGAAAACAGCGCUGUUCAUGUGAAGACAUCCCACCAUUGCCGAGGAUCAAGACGACGUUUCAGUAUUAUGAAAAUAAGUUAUUAGAAAUAUAUUUUUGUAUUAUCCGUCACACCGUCCAAAUGUUUCGUACGGCAAUACUCCACCUGAGAGUUCACGCCUUGGUGUGUGCUCCUCCACAGGCAUCGGACGUGUUCAUAUAAACAAUGAUACUGUUAAACUAUUGGCUCAAGUCAAAUGCCUGUGGAAAUCGACAGCAGGUUGCAUAACACGAUUUAGUAGUGUAGAUAGAUGUACAUCGUAGUGAGGCAGUCACCCAAUCAGCAGACUCGGAAGAUUAUUUAGUAAAUCGCCUCGUUUUCGAAAUUUGUUCCGAGCAUUUUUCAUUGCAUACAGUGUACAGUGUAUAUGCAUUACACGUGGAAACGACGCCGGCAAUACUGUCCGAGAGAAUAUACUUCUUUCACCAGUCUCCUUCAUUCACUCCCGCGGUUGGGGUCGAGGUUACCUGGACUAUGCUUCCCGAAAUUGGUGGCUUGCAUUGGAACUAACUUUUUCCCCUUGUCCGUCAUUAAAGGCAUUCAAGUGUAUUUGUCAA